GCAACAGGAAAAAAGGAAGAUUGUCCUUCUCCAAAACAACCCUUUUUUCUUCAAGUGUGGCCGCCGCGUUGGAGUUGGAGGCACCGCCGUACGUCGAGGACGCCGCCGCCGGGAUGAGCUGGUUCGACACGACCGGAAUCGCGAACCUCGCCAAGACGGCCCUGAAGGAGGCCCAAAAGCAGAUCGACAAGGCGCUGGACAUCAAGGACGAUGAGGAGGAUGGUUCGGGUUCGGUUGUGGCCACCGGUGCUAGCGCACCGGAGGAAGGGGAGCAGCAGCAGAAGGGGGGCGGCGAAAGUAAGACGGAACCGAGCACUCCGGUGCAGGGAGGAGGCGCGAAGGGAGGGGGGAACGUCGGGAAGGGCCAGGCGGACAGCAUUUGGGGCUCGUUUACGGGUUCGUUCUUUGAGCAGCCGGUUACGGCGGCCAAUGUGACCGUAACGAAGGCGCCUUCGAGCUUGAAGCGGAAGAGCUUUGAGGAUUCGGGGAUUGCGGAGGUUCCGGCCAAGGGCGGCUCGCCGGAGAAUAGUUCGGAAUCGAUUGAGCUGCUGAGUCCGGUUACGACGCCGGGGUCGGCGUUGACCUCGCCCAGUUCGGCGCCCACGCUCGGACAGGAAUCGGACUCGGUGGAGGUCAUCCGGCCGCUGGGGACGCCGUCCAGUGUUUCGUCGCCGGAGUCGAUUACGAGCACGGCCACGGAACGAAGCCCGGCCGAGGGCGAGGAAGAGAUGCGGUUCACCUCGGUCGAACUCGGCGACGACGACAUCAGCGUGGAGGAAGAUUCCGUGUCGUACACCCUGUCGGAACAACCCAUUACGGUGAUGGAAACGGGCGAAUCAACGACGAUCCCCAUCACGGUGGCCCCCAGCCGUAGCUCGCUCCAUCUUACCCUGGACAAAACCUCCCGCCAGAUGACCUUCUCCGAGGUCUCCGUCUGCGACACGGAAGAAUCCAACGAUUCCGAAACCACGGUCACGUCCAAACCCGAAGAAUCGCUAAUCGAAAAGUCGUACGAAAACGUCGAAAUCCAAACCCAAAUCUCCGACUCCACCCACAGCUUCGAGGAGAUCCCGUCCCAACACCCCUCGGACGAGCCAACUCCGUCGCACCUGCUCAACAAACCGGAACCGACCUCGUCCGGGGACGAGAUCGAAACGGCCACCUCGUCCGACAUCGAAAUCAUCUCCAGCCCGGGCAACGGCGGCGACUCCAGCAGCACCAACUCGUGCGGGGCGGCGUACGUGAAGAUCCCCGACGGCAAGUCGUCGUCCAACAUCGACAGCAUGAUGGGCAAGAAGCGCGGUCACACGCGCGAACCGUCGGAGAUUUCCGUGCAGAGCGCCAACAGCGACGACCUGAGCGAGAGUGAGAAGCUGACGCGCCGGCUGGCGGAGGUGUCCGAGCUGUUGGAACAGCGCGAGUUCCGCCUGCUCGAGCUGGGUCGCCAGAACGCCGAACUGCACGAGCAGAACCUCACGCUCACCGAGCAGCUGGCGUCCAAGCAGAAGCGCGCCGAAAGCUGCGAAUCCGAAGAGUACACCCAGCGCCUAUCCGCCCUGGAGCGGAAGUUCCAGCAGGCGAUCCGCGAGCGGGAAGCGUUCAAGCGUCAGCUGGAGACGUGCCGGUCGGAAGCGCAGGGCAAGCUGAACCGCGGCGAGGUGGACAAGCUGCUCGCGGAGAAGGACUUUCUGGUGGAGGAGCUGAAGAAGGAGGGCGAGAGCCUGUCCAAGCAGGUGCUGAACCAUUCCAAUAUCAUUAAGAAGCUGCGGGCGAAGGAGAAGGAGAGCGAGGGCACGGUGAGGAAGCUGCGGGAGGAGAUUGGGGACUUGACGGACGAGACGGAACGGUUGAACCGGUCGCUUUCGGCCAAGGAGGAGGUCGAGCGGAGCCAGAUCGAUGCCGUGCACAAGCUGUCGUCGGAGAAGCGGAAGCUGGAGAAGGAGUGUGGGGCGUUGCGGGGACAGCUGGACGAUCAGGGCCAGAAGCUGGAGACGCUGAAGAAGAGCUUUGACUUUGCGAAGCGGGAGCUGACGGAGAAGACGGAAGCGUUCCAGGAGAUGGCGCGGAAGUCUUCGCUGCUGGCCACGAUGGAGACGGAACACAGCGGGAUUCUGCGAGCGAACGAGCAGAUCAGUACGGAGCUGGAAGAUCUGCGGGAGAAGCUGAGACGGAGUGAGGCGGAACAUGCACAGCGGAUGCAGCGGCUGAAGAACGAGAACGCCGAGCUGUUGCAGCGAGUGGAGGAGACGGAAACGCGAGCGGAGGAGGAGAAGAACGCUACGGCGAUGGUGACGGUGCCGCUGAUGAAGCAGAUCGAGUCGUUGCAGAAUGCCACGAGGAACAAGGAACGACUGUGGGAGCAGCGGGAAGCGGAGUUGGCCAGGAAGCUAGACGAAGCGGUCGAGAAGGGCCGCAACUUUGGAGACAACGAGCGAACGCUCAAGGAGCAGAUCUUCGCGAUGAACGGAAGGAUCUCCAACCUGGAGGAGCGGCUUACGGCGGCACUGUUCCGAUCGGAAGAACUGACAAACAACCUGCAGCAGAAGCAGAUCGAGCUGGAUCUGUUCGAAAGUGACCACAAGCUCAAGCUGAAGUCGCUGGAAGACGAACGGAAGUCGUUGAGAGGUAAGCUAGCCGACCUCGAGUCACACUCCGCUGAACAAGACCGUCAGCUAGCCCAGCAAAAAGAGCAGCUACACGCACUCAAAGAACAACAACAAAAACAACCAAAACCCCAAGAUACCACCCGCCAAUCCCCACCCUCGCCCAACUCGCGAACAUCCUCACCCACCCCGAGCAUGGGCAACCUCUCGCUCCCCGAGUCCAUCGGAAGCAUCCCGUGGAACCGAGAGCCGGAAGACGACGUCGGCUCCAACAGCGGCGGCCGGCAAACCAUCGGCCCUGGACUGCUGCACACCACUUCCCUCCUCGAGAACCUGCAGGCCACGCUGAAGCAACGCGACGGCGAAGUGUACCAGCUGCAGUGGGAGCUGUCCCGCUUCCAGCAGGAACGGAACGUCCUCAACACGGAGAUCUCCAGCCUGACGGCGGAACUGGACGGGAUCCGGGAAAAGUUCGAGCAAACCGUCAAGCUGGAGGAAGACUUUGGCGCGCUCCAAACCCGGUACGACGCACUGCUGCAGCUGUACGGCGAAGCCGUCGAAAAGAUCGAGGAGCUGAAGUUGGACCUGGUGGACGUGAAGGAGAUGUACAAGGUCCAGAUUGACGAUCUGUUGCGGCAGGUUAACGCGCUGAAUGCCGCUGCGAGCAAACCCUAGCCGGAGCAGGUUGGAGGAGGAGGACGAUGUGCCAGCCAGUAGCUGCUGAACGAACUACGAUGUGAUAGUUUUGUGUGUGGCGUGGUGUGCAAUAGCUUUCCGGCUGGUUUUGGAAAGUUGUGGGUGUGGCGCCUUCGCAGUGUUUGUACAUAGCUCUGCGCAAUUUGUUUUGUUUUUGGUUUUUGUUUUUCCCCUAUUAAGUAGAAUAAAGUUGGUCGGAAUCGAGGGAGGAAUUCCCAGGAAAGAAGGGGAAGUUGCGCCAUUUUGCCAGUAGCGUUUGUUGAAGCUUCGGAGAUUGGCCAUUUAAGGAUGGCUUGUGUACCGUACUAUGGAACGAAUCCUUUGAAAAAUCUUCUAAGAAAAUACUAUAAAUUUACGUCUAAAGUGAGCGUCCAGCAGAGUGUAGGAGAGGACAAACGACACACAAUGAUCAAGAAAAAAAAAUCUUGCAUAUGACGUCUAUGCGCAUCGUAAUUUUAUAAUCCUACAAACAUAUAGAAUAAUAUAUUUAUCUUCAAAAAU